UCAACCGCCGAUAGAUACCGUUGAGAGCAGGAGUGGACUAUGCGUCAUAGUCCAUUUGUGCUCUAUGCUCUCCGUCCACUGCCAUUGCGCGUGACGCCGGCGAACGAAAGACUUGUGUAUUUAGUGUGGAACAACGUAUUGGACCAGUGACCACGUGGACGUGUAUUUCAGUUGAUCAGCAUGGCAGCCCCUGCGAAAAGCGUGGAGGAGCAAUUGGAAGAGAUGUUUGCGUCCGAUGGGGAAGUGCCGGGAGACGCGAGAGCGAGCACGGCUGCAGCAACAACUGUUCCAGAGGACGUGCCAGAGACGAACGACGAUGCCGUGGUACGGAGCCGAGGAAAGAAGCGCCUUAGAAACGAAGAUAAAUGGCUUCGUAACGUUAGGAAAGAACGGAGAGCUCUAGGUCAAGAGUAUGUAAACCGUAAGGGUAACCUUGUACCUCGAAAGGAAUUGCGGAAAAUCAGCGAGUGUACGUGCCGGUAUGAGUGCCACAAACACAUCAACGAAGAACAGCAGGAACAAGUGUUCAAUGAGUUUUAUAAUUUAGGCAGCCACGAUCUGCAGUCGGCUUUCCUGUUUACCAUGAUUAAAGUCGUUGAUAAAGCACGGUCUUACGUAGGUCAGCAACAUUCACGUAGGGAGAAGACGAGAUUGUAUUACUUGCUCAAUUCAAAUGGGUCUGAAACGAGGGUGUGCAAAAGAUUCUUUCAGAAUACUUUAGCCGUAUCUGCUGGAAGAAUCGAUAGGGUACUCAAGAAUAAAGGGGAAAAAGCCACCCCUCCUCGUGAUGGUAGAGGUAAAGGUGAACCUGGUAAUAAAACACCUCGCCACAAAGUUGAUGUGGUAAAAAUAACAGCUGCCGAUAAUGAUAAGGAGAGGACGGAGUUAAUUGCAGAACGUGAAUUCCAUCAGCAAAAAGCUGAGUAUGCACGGGCAGGUUUACAUAGUGAUACAUUGCUUAGCAAAUCAGAUGCAGGUGUGAGCGGCGCCGGGGACAGCGAGCAGGUCCCCGUCGUGACAAAUGGAUUAGCGGCGGACUCGGCUCGCCGCAGCGCCGUCACAGGCGGUCGCGUCAUGAUCGAUCCCGGCAGGCGAUGGCCCGCCACCGGCCAACAGCCUGCCCGCGCCACUCCGCAGAGGUGGCGGGUUUUUUGUGUCCCCGGCUCCUAA